AUGAACGUCUCACAGCAGAGCAAAUGGAUGAACAGAGGAUCCAGAACGUGGCCUAUCAGUAUCUGUGCAGACUGGAGGAGGCAAAAAGGUGGAUGGAGGCAUGUCUGGGGGAGGAGCUUCCUGUCCCCACUGAGCUAGAGGAGGCUCUGAGAAAUGGAGUUCUUCUGGCCAAACUGGGACAUCACUUCGCUCCAAGUGCCGUCCCCCUGAAGAAGAUCUAUGACCCUGAACUACUCCGAUACAAGGCUGUGGGACUUCAGUUCCGUCACACGGACAACAUCAACCAUUGGAGAAAUGCCAUGACGUCACUGGGCCUGCCCACGAUCUUCCAUCCUGAAACUACAGAUGUGUACGACAAGAAGAACAUGCCGAGAGCAGUGUACUGUAUCCAUGCUCUCAGCCUGUACCUGUACAGACUUGGUUUGGCUCCGCCCAUUCAUGAUCUUUAUGGAAAAGUCAAGUUUACAGAGGAGGAGAUCAACAACAUGAAGCUGGAGCUGGAUAAAUACGGCAUCCAGAUGCCGGCGUUCAACAAGAUCGGAGGCAUACUGACCAAUGAGCUGUCUCUGGAUGAAGCUGCAGUGCACGCAGCAGUGAUCGCCAUCAACGAGGCGGUGGACAGAGGAGACGUGAGCAUGUUGGCUGCUGCUCUCAGGAACCCUGCAGCUCUUCUUGCUCACCUGCAGGAGGAGCUAAUGAGUCUCUACCAGGAAGUGCUGCAACAAGCCAGGAGGAGGAAGGCUGAGGCUGCAGCAGGCAUGCGGGGAGGUUCUGAGGACAUCUAUGAGGAGUAUCUGACUCAGAAGGAGAUCCAGGAGAUCCUCGACAUGGUCAAUGUGCGAUCAGCGGUGGAGCAGGUGGAUGACGCCCUGGAUGCUGCAGACGACCUCUCUCUGCUUUAUGCUCUGCAGCUGUCAUGUUUGGCCCUUAGGGGCGUCCAUACUGAAAACGGGCCCUUGUACCUGGACCAGCUGUUGGUGGACCGGCAGCAGAAGGCUCUGGAUCAGGGUUCUGUUGAUCCUCUGGAACCUGUGGAGCUCCAGGAGAGCGUCUCUGCUGCCAACCAGGAGGCUCAGAGAGCCAGAAACUUGCACGGGGCGGUGCAGAGAGUGAACGCAUCACUACGUGGAGACGACCCUAGACAGACCGUCAACUGCCUGAUGAACUCUGACCUCCAGCUGCCACAAGUGUUUCCAUCUGCUGCUGAACUGUACCACCAUGAGCUGCAGCUGCUGCAGAGACGGACUGCACAGGCCCAGCUGCAGCAGGAGGAGCUGUUUGUUGCUGUGGAGAUGCUGUCAGCUGUCGCUCUGGUCAAUCAGGCCGUGGAUGAAGGGAACCUGCAGAAGUUCAGCUCCUCAUUGGUCAGUCCAUUGAUGGGACUGUCUGCUGUGGACCACACCCUGAUGGACAGGUACCUGGAGCACCUGGCAGGUGUGAAGCUACAGAUCAGGAGAGAUUUGCUGACCUGGAAUCAGCUGCAGGAAGGAAUCAACUCUGUCAACCAGUCUGUGCAGGAAGAGCACCAGGAGCUCCAGGCAGUGCAGCUGUUAAAUGAAGCUGUGAGGGGAGGAAACCUCCAGCAGCUGCUUUCUUCUCUGCUGCUGCCCUCUUGUGGUGUAAAGGAGGUCCUACCUGCCAACGCCUGUAGAUACCUGAGCCUGCUGACCAGAGCCAGGCAGCACAAAGCUCAGGUGAACAGAGACCCAGGAGCUGAGCUGUGGUUGGAUGAUAUUCAGGAAGCAGUGAAGCUGGCCAAUCAGCAAACUCAGAAAGCUUUGAAAUUGAGCCUGGCUCUGGCAGCCGUCAACCAGGCAGUGAAGGAGAACCAGGUCCAACAGACCCUGCGAGUUCUCUCUCUGCCAGAGCUCGAGCUGCGGGGAAUUUUAUCCGACUGUGCUUCAGAUUAUCAACGAGAACUGAGCUUUCUGAUCAAAGACAGGAAACACUCAGGUGGAAACAGAAGCUCCUGGGUUCAAAUCCAGCUGAGUGAAGGAUCAUUUUAUUACUUUCACCUAAAGAACCUGGAGGGCAGCUGGAAGAAACCCAAUGGAUUCAUCCAUAACAGCAUGUUCAUCAACCAGCAGGAGAUACAGGCAGUAGUGAGCAGGGUCUCUGAGUCCUACAACCGUAACAUGUCCUGGAGGAGCAGUGAAACCCUCAUCACUCGCCUGCAGGCUCGGUGCCGAGGCUUCUUGAUCCGACAACAGCUGGAGGCUCGACACCGUUACCUGACUGAUCAGACACCUGCUGUCCUCAUCAUCCAAUCUCACUGGAGGAGGGUGGUCCAGCAGCGAGCGUUCAGGCAGCGACUACAAUUGUUUCAGAUGAACAGGAGAGCUGUUGUCAAGAUCCAGGCCUCUGUGAAGAUGUGGCUGCAGAGGAGGAAGUAUUUACGCCGACUCAGCUUCUUCAGACAGAACGUGGAUGCUGUCAUAAAGAUCCAGGCCUUCUUCAGAGCCAGCAGAGCGAGACACGAAUACCGGAUGCUGGUCUGUUCAGACACCCCCCCUCUUUCAGUACUGAGGAAGUUUCUUCACCUGCUGGACCUGGGUGAUGCUGACAUCAGAGAAGAGGCGGAGCUUCUGCGUCUGAGGGAGGAAGUGGUGAGAAGCAUCCGUUUUAACCGUGAGCUGGAGGCGGACCUGGACUUGAUGGACCUGAAGAUUGGACUCCUCGUCCGGAACAGAGCCACGCUACAGGAAGUGGUGUCUCAGUGUAAAAAACUGACCAGGAAGAACAAGGAGCACCUGUCUGACCUGAUGGACAUGGAGCGGAGACAAGGACUGAAGGCUCUGAGCCGAGACAGGAGGGACAGACUGGAGGCCUACCAACACCUGUUCUACCUGCUGCAGACUGAAGGUGGACCAGCCUCAGGAUGUGGUCACAGGGAAUCCCACCGUUAUCAGGAUGCUGGUGAACUUCUACCGUCACGCUCGAGGACACAAUGAGCUGCGAGAUUUUCUGGGCCCGGCUCUGAAGGACAUCCUGCAGGACCGGUCCCUCAUCAUCAGAACUGACCCAGUGGAGGUCUACAAGUCCUGGAUCAACCAGACUGAAACCCAGACCGGUCACAGGAGUCCUCUGCCCUACGAGGUGUCUUCUGAGGAGGCUCUGUCCCACCCUGAAGUCCAGAGACGGAUCGACAUCGCCAUCCUAAACCUGAAGAACCUGACGGACCGGGUCUUCAAGGCCAUCACCUCCAACCUCAACAAGCUCCC